CAACGCCUCCUACAGCCGGCAGCCAGCCCAGGCAGACAUGGACUCCCAGGACUGCCCUUGCGCCACGGGUGGCACCUGCACCUGCGGGGACAACUGCAAAUGCAAAAACUGCAAAUGCACAUCAUGCAAAAAAGGCUGCUGCUCCUGCUGCCCGGCGGGAUGUGCCAAGUGUGCGCAGGGCUGCGUCUGCAAGGGACCCCCCUCCGCCAAGUGCAGCUGCUGCAAAUAGGGACCCCCGGCCGCACAUCUGGGGGGCCUGCACAUCUGGGGGGGGCUGAAGAAGAAUAACUUUAUUG